GCGGCCGACGACGAGCUCGAUCGGCCGUUGCACUACACGGCGAUGCUCGGCGACAUGGCCAUGGCGACGCUUCUUCUUCAGCACAACGCGCGAAUCAACGAGCGCAACAAGGCGGGCGAGACACCUCUCUUCGCAGCGAUGAUGUAUGAGCAUACCAAAGUGGCGGCGCUUCUUUUGACCGAAAGGGCCAACGCCAACGUCCUCGUGAACGGACAGAGUGUGCUCUACUGCGCCUGCGAGCGGGGUCUCGCCGACAUCAUUCUGCUACUCCUCGCGAAUACGACCGACGUCAAUGCCAAGCACAAUGGAUUUUCGCCGCUCGCGACAGCGGUUGUCGGCGGGCACGCGGACGUUGCCGCGCUGCUCCUCACGUCGCCCCAC